UAGUGCAUUGUGGGUACGGAAUUCCCUGGGCAGAGGGGCGCCAGUGCGCAGGUCCGAAAGGAAACUCCAUGAUUUUUUUUGGCACGGAAUCCUAGGGAAAAAAUAGGAACUUGAACUAGGGAUUAAUUGAAACGGCUCAUCACAGAACCGAGAUCCGACUUCUGCCCGUUCUUAACAGCUCAGAAGCUCAUGGCUGUAAAUUAAAGCGCUGAAUUAAACAAUCGCGCUCUGCGCGGCCGACAGAGAUCCGCUCGAAAUUAAGAUCAUUUUGGGGCGACAAUGCAACGGGCGCAAUAAAACCCAGCUAGCGUUAUUGCUCUUUGUUUUUUUAGGUAGGACGGACAGAAGGUGCCGAGGAAGAAGAGGGGGGAAAGUGGCCGAAAAUCGGUCGGGGCUUUCGACAGUGCUCGCAAACAAACCGCAGCGCUUGCGAGGAAAGUCUGUCAAAAAAGCCUCCGCUAUCUCUCUCCUGGUCACUGCAGCGCGGCUAAGAAGCAGGAAACUUCGUAAACAGAGAAGGUUGUCAGCUCCAAGCCAAGAGAAGAGGAUCCAUAUUCCAAAGAGAACAGAGCAUUGACUGGAUUUCUGUUCAGUUGUGUUGAGCUCUGGUAACACUAUUUGAUAUGUCCUCACAGGGGUGGAUUUCAUGGAUGGUGCACACCCAGGCUAUAUAAAAAUGAAAAGGAGCUGGAUGUGUGGUAGCCGAAAAUGACGGGGGGCAGUGAGAAUGCAGCAGGAGAAAAAGAUGGUGGUCCAACGCUCACCGCUCAGGUCCCUGUUGGCUGGCAGAGAAAAGUGGAGGAUGGGGCUGUCACUUACAUCAGCCCAAGUGGUACAGUCCUGUGUUCUGUGGAGGAGGUGAGGGUCUAUCUGUUGACGGACAGCACAUGUAAGUGCGGACUGGAAUGCCCACUUGUCCUCCAUAAGGUAUUUAACUUUGACUCAGCUGCAGUGGUUCAAGCUCCAAGUCAUCAGUCGGGGAAGGUGGAAGAGGACAUGACGAAACUCUGUAACCAUCGCAGGAAAGUGGUCGCCAUGGCUGCUUUAUGCCGGAGCAUGGAGACCUCCCAAAUUCCACUGCCAGCUCAUGGCACAGGGAGCGUCGUGUGCUCGGUGGAUCAGAGAGGGUCCAUAGUGUCUCGUGGGGACGUAGUCCACUGCACUUACCCAGCCCAGCCAAGACUGAACCAGCCCAGACCCAGCAGCAGUAGUAGCUUUCCCCUGCCUUCUCCUCUGUCUCUCCUGCAGAAUGGAUCAGUCUCCCACUCCACCACUGUACUGACUUCAGAUCAGAGUUCCCCCUUAAAGAGGUCGUCUGCCCAGUCACCAGGGCCCAGCAUAGCUGCUUAUGGGAAACAGCAGUGGAGUCCUCAUCCUGUCAUUGCCCAAACCAUUCUCCAAAGAGCACCUCACAAGCCCCCAUCUCCCAGCACUACAAAACUAGACACGCACAUGCAUGCAUACCAGUUGGACACUUCCCACCCUAUCUCAUUUUCUUCUUCCCCCUCUUCAUCUUCACCUGUGAUUGGCAGGACUGGGCAGCCCCAUCUGCAGGGAACAAUUGUGAAAUCUCCCUCUCCCAUUUCUGUAUCACCAUCGCCUUCUCGUGCUCUGGAGUCUUUCUCUCCACAUCCGCGAUCCCGUCACUCCUCCACCUCCUCUCUCUCUGAGGGAGCUCCGGGAUCUGUUCUCAGCCACACCCAGGGGGUUAAACCCUCACCAUCUCCACUGCCCUCCACCCAGCCAUCUGCCUCCUCACCCAAACUUCCUCUGCCCCCUGCUAGUCCACGCAUUCGCCUGGAAGGCAUUUUGCAGCAGUACAAAGAGUGCAGCGCUAACACCAACAUCAAUUCCAUCCAGCACCAUAAUGCACUCAGCAACCAAAGCAACCUUCAUGCACAGCAAAACCUACAGCCAGCCCAUAACAGCCCCUGUGACAGGAGGAAUGGUUCAGGGUCCAGUGCCCCUGUCCCAGGGUUGUUGGGUCUCCCUCUGGGUCAGAUCCUCUGUCAGCAGAAGAGCCAGCAGCAGCACAUCAGCAGCUCUUUCCCAGCCAGCAGUCUCUUGUCAGCAGCUGCCAAAGCCCAGCUGGCCAGUCAGAAAAACCAGAACCAGUCUGGUACUGUGGAACCAACAGCUGCACUCCCUCUUCUGGACAAGGACCAGCAGUCAAAGGUAUUGAUUAGCACUUUAAACAGUAGCCUCCAUGCCCCUACUGCCCGAAGCCAGUCCUUGACUGCCUUUUUGCUCCCUCACUCCCCUUCCCUUCCCUUGACACCUCCCACUCUGACAGAGAAAAAGUUACACCGAAAGCGCCAACGUCGCUCGCCCACUGUGCUUAGCAUGCUGAAAGAAUCGCAAAUAAACCGGCCUGCAGGAGACCCACCUGCUUCUUCCCCGCUCAUUCCUUCCCCCUCCCCUUGUUGCUCUCCUCCUCCUCCUCCUAUGUCUCACUCGGAUAAUCACCUCCAGAACCCACGGCUUUCUAGUGUAAGUACUUCAUCCUCCAACAGUGUUUUGAGGCAGCCUGAAUGGGAGGAGGGCAAAAAGACAGUACUUGCUAACUCCCUUCCUCUCUCAUCCCCCCCUGCUUCCUCCCAACCUCUGUCUGCCCUGCUUCAGCUCCUCAGCAUGCAGAGUGCACAGAAUGCCACCCAGUCAAACAGUAUCGCGACAUCUGCUGUGCCAAGCAAACACGCAGUCACAUUGCCUUCUUCACCCACUCCCAUUACAUCUCAGACACCCAACUACGACAACCAGUCUGGGUCACAUGCUCACACGCAUGUCCACAUCCAUCACUCCCAGUCCCAAAGCCUGGUGCCCUCUCUGGAAUCCAUUGCUCAGAUGCCAGCUCCUCAGCCCAUUCCUCUGAUGUGCGAAGACACGGAAGGAGCCGCAAUAAACCUCAAAACAACAGCAAGUAUUGGCGCUCUAAACUUGAGCCAGCCACGGGCAUGCACAAGUGCAGGGACCGAGCUUUCCGUUAGCAGCCAGAGUGUCAGCACAGUGAGCCAGUCCUCGUCAGCCAGCUGCCUGCGUGCGUCCCCCCAGCUAGAGAAAAGCUGUGCAUCCAAACCAGGGGAGAUGGGCUUGGAUCACAUUUACCAAACAAACCAGCCAAACCAGUCUAGCCAUAGCCAACCUACAGAGAGCAAGGGUCCUGUACUGUCAGAGGAGCCUCAGGACUUGGAGACAAGACUUCUUACUGGCUGUGAUCCAGACCCUAGCCUCCCCCAUCCCCCUGUCCCCACUGCUCCCUCAGCUGACCUCCCCAGUUCUCCGACUGACCCAGUGAGCACCUUGCAGCUGGCAGAGUCUUUCCCCUUCAUGACGCAAGAGCAGCUGCUCCAGCUGCUCUCUUCCACUGCGGGUCUACCUUCCCUUCUUCCCCCUUUCUUAGGCUCUCUGCCUCUGGGUCUCUGGACAGGCAAUCAGCCUCCUACCACAGGAAAUGGCACCCAUCCGCCACCACCAACAAACAACCUCAUCAACCAGGCCUCCCCACUCAGCCUUUUGCCUUCCACUCUCGGAGCUCAAGGGGAGUUCCCCCUGAACCUCAUCAGUCUUCUCAAUCCGCCGGCUCCAGCUCCACCGGCUCCAACUCCAGGGCUUGAGGUUGGUGAGAAGACCCCCGGACUGCAGGCUCUGCUCAUGGCGUCUUUGCUCCUGGGACAGAAUCCCGCUGCCAUGCUGCCCUUGCCGGGACUCAAUCUGGAGCUUCCUCCCCCGCAGCAGGUAUUUGGGGAAGGAGUGUCUCUGGAGAAGACCCCUGCUCCUCUGCUGGACUCUGUGCUGAUGGGACCAGGGCUCCUUGAAGCUCUGCAGGCUCUAGCGCCCGCCGCAGAUGGCCAGUCACUUCUGCUCUCCGCCCAGCUCACUCCUCCCCCUCCUCCCGCCUUCCUGUCCCUCAACCCCACCCUGCUGGCUGCAGCUCUCGCCCAGGCAGAAACUCUCCCCAACCACACACCAUCCCCCCCACCACACACUCAGGGGACUCUUUCCAGCCCUGCUUUGGUCUCUACCUCUGUGUCCUGUAACCCUCUGGUGCCCAUUGCUGGGCAGGAGGUGUCUGACUCUCUAACCGAGCAGGAGAAGACCAGCGCCCAGGCACCUCCGUUUUUGCCUCCACUCCUCCCUCCAGGCGUCUUGGGUGAUCUGGCGGCUCUGGGUAAUAUUAAUAGUCUACAUAGUUUACUAGGAGCAGGGCCUUUGCUGCUGCCCCAGACUCCCUCUCUGGGCAUGCCACUGCCACAGAACCAGGCUGGCCUCAACCCGCUGACUUGCCUGCAGCUGUCUAUGGCUCCAGCACUGAUGGGAGAGAAACCACUGGCUCUUCAUGAGACACCCCCAGCCCAGGAGGACCUUCCCCCCUCUCAAAUGGCCCAGGACUCCCUGCUUAACCCUGGACAUAUUCAGACAUCGGCUCAGCAGAGGGAGGAGUCUGGAGGGGCAACAGAAUCUGGGCUCCUGGACCCUUACAGUUCCUUCAUGGACACCAUCUACACUUCCUUCCUGCAGGUGAGUGGGCGUGGCUCUGAGGAAGGAACUGAUUCCACCCCACUUUCAUACCCUGAGCUCCCACCCCUUCUGCAGCAGCCCAGCGCCCCGCCUUCCCUCAGCCCACGCCGAGCGUGCUCAGUACACAACCCCGACCUGUCCAGGAUCAGCAUGGAGACAGCCCAGUCUCCGGCCCGCGGGACACCCAAACUCACAGAGGACCCCUCCACUCCACCACCUAGCAAACCUGCAGGAGCGGACGCAUGUCCUGUUGAUGCACCCCUGCACCUCACCUUUAUGGAGGAGGCCAAGACAGACAGCUCUUCUAAACUGUGCGUCUAUAGCAAUGGGAUAGGUUCAGGGGCCGGAGUGGGAGAGGACCAUGAUGAUGAAGACGAUGAAGAGGAAGAAAGGCAGCCACAGGGAUACUUGAGUCCCAGGGAGAGAGUGACCAGUGACACAGUGGACGAAACCAUGGGUAACAGAGACGCAGAGCACAGCAGGGCUGCAGAAAUACGAACAGGCACCAGAAGGGGCAGAAAGAGAAAGCAAACGCUACAGAGAGCACCAGAGAUUCCAGGAGAUAUUGACAGCAUAAUAGAAGAGCCAGCAGCUACGAUAGCACUGCCGAGGCCAGCGCGGGCUGUGAGAGGGAAAAGGCGGCGUGUAGUCAGAUAGACGUUUUAAUAGAAGCCCUUAUUCUACUGUACUUUACCCGCCAACACCAGCACUGUCACUAUGGCAACACCACGAGGGCGCGUCACGGUCGACUGCGCUGCACUGUGAGGACCUGCGGAACACAGUCUCUCUCCAACAGCCCAGUUACCUCACUCGUUCUCCUGCCCGCGUCUCUCAUUGUUACCAUUCUGUUUCUGACCUCUGCCUACUAGUUACACGUUUGUAGUGACAGUGACGUGAACAGUACUAGUUAUGGAAUUGGCUAGUCAACACUACUACAUAGGAAUUCACUCCAGCUGACCUUUUAGUAUGGAGAAGUAUGUACGUUCAUACAUAUGGAUGUGGCAGUGUGCAUACGCAUGUUCCAUCUUCAACAGAAAUUGGAUGCUUGAAGUUCAAAAUGUUUUUCUGUGUUUAGAAUGGGCCUAUAGCACCCUCUUAUUGCCAGUCAUUGUUACUGCACUCUAGUUUCCUCCCUAUUAGCCACUGUGCUGGAGUAGGUUAAGGUUCCAUCUAAACUUUGGCCAAAACAAAAUAUUAACUGGCUUCAUUUUGUCACUUCUUGUGCGGUAAUCUUCAGAACCUCGCACUUCAGAAAGGACAAAAAGUAGUCAUAGAACCUCAUGAGAGAAACUUCCUUCCCCAUACGCAUAAGUGUUGUGCCUGUGUGUAUGGGAGCAGAGUAUGUACUGUAUGUGUGUGUAAGUUGCGAGGUCGACGUCUGAUACUGUGAUCAGUGGCGGAUUCUGCAUGUAUGGUCAGAGUCACAACUCUACCGCUCCAUUGAGUCCGAAACCCGACUGCCACUUCAUCAACGCAGGCACAAGAAUAUUUAAAUAAUGGUUUAAAGUAAUAAUGAGGAUGAUUAUGCAAUUUUACUAAUGAAUUUUAUGUAAAUAUGUACAGUUUUAGUAUUUUAUUUUGUACACUUUUUUAGGAAAAAAAUGAUCAAUUUGUAAAAUAUUUCUUCCUCAGAAAAACUUUCCUUUCCCCAUAUUUACGUUUGAUUUGUAAAGAGAAUACUUUGAAAGUUGUGAGCAGUAGCUUUUUUUUUUUUUUUUUUUAAUGGGAGUUGACUUUUUAUUUAACAAAUUAAAACGUUUACCAAAUUCUGAGUACAUCUCUGUGCAGUGUG